AUGCAACCUACAGCUCCCGCUAACAAUCUGCACGGUGAAGGAAACAGCUACAUGCAGAGGGGAUUCAUCAAAGAGAGGUUGAACAAGCGACAUUCCCAACAACGCCUCCAGUUUGCCCAGCAGUUUAUGGAGAGCGCAAGGGAAGCUCCAUUGCUAGCUUACAAACAGCCUAUGUUCCCGCUGCCAGGUCACCAAGGUAACCCCGGAAAGCUGGCAGGACCACAGGGGAAAUGCCGCCUCACCUCUAGUUUUCGCCUCAUUCAUAAAUAUACUAUUGACGUAACGUCGCUGCCAGAUGUACCAAACCUGGGUCAAGUGGUCCGGUGUCAUACAGCCCAGGAUUCUGCGGACCGGGAUAUAACAGCCAGAUACUCAAAAAAAACUGCACUAAUUGCCGUGUUGGCAGCCAACCUGGCGAUCGCCAGUUGGGCUGCUCCGAAGGCCAGCGGUGGUGGAGGAUCUGUGGGCGGAGGCUAUGGCUCUGGUGGAGGAGGAGGAGGAGGCUCCUUCGGCGUCGGAGGAGGGCUUGGCUUGGGUGGAGGCGCUCCUCUGACGGAGGCCUCAGGCGGUGGAUCUGGAGGUGGAUACAGUGGUGGAUCCAGUGGAAGCAUCGGAGGUGGACACGGAGGCGGUUCCAGUGGAGGAUUUGGCGGAGGCUUGGGAGGCGGUUCCUCAGGUGGAUACGGUGGUGGUUCCAGUGGAAGCUUCGGAGGUGGUUCCAGUGGUGGAUUUGGCGGAGGCUUCGGAGGCGGUUCCUCAGGUGGAUACAGUGGUGGUUCCAGUGGAAGCUUCGGAGGCGGUUCCAGUGGAGGAUUUGGCGGAGGCUUAGGAGGCGGUUCCUCAGGUGGAUACAGUGGUGGUUCCAGUGGAGCCUUCGGAGGCGGUUCCAGUGGAGGAUUUGGCGGAGGCUUCGGAGGCGGUUCCUCAGGUGGAUACGGUGGUGGUUCCAGUGGAAGCUUCGGAGGCGGUUCCAGUGGUGGAUUUGGCGGAGGCUUCGGAGGCGGUUCCUCAGGUGGAUACAGUGGUGGUUCCAGUGGAAGCUUCGGAGGUGGUUCCAGUGGUGGAUUUGGUGGAGGCUUCGGAGGCGGUUCCUCAGGUGGAUACAGUAGUGGUUCCAGUGGAGCCUUCGGAGGCGGUUCCAGUGGUGGAUUUGGUGGAGGCUUCGGAGGCGGUUCCUCAGGUGGAUACAGUGGUGGUUCCAGGGGAGCCUUUGGAGGUGGUUCCAGUGGAAGCUUCGGAGGCGGUUCCAGUGGUGGAUUUGGCGGAGGCUUCGGAGGCGGUUCCUCAGGUGGAUACAGUGGUGGUUCCAGUGGAAGCUUCGGAGGUAGACAUGGAGGCGUUUCUGGCGGAGGCUUCGGGGCUACCUCUGUGGGAGGAGGAUACGGUAAAUGA